AUGUACAGCAGAGCUUCCUACAUCUACCUUAGUUUCCUUCCUAGGCCAGCAUAUACGGAUUUCAAAUUUGACACGAGUGCCAAUAUGGAUACGUCUUUAGGUGCUUUAAACACUACAUCUCAAACUCCUCUUUCCGGUCAGAGCGACUUUGACGAGACUUCAACCGAUUUCUGGCCGCCUGCUCUGCUCCCAGAUGAUCAAUUCGGAUGGGAUCAGUUCUUGAAAGAGUACGAUGGACCAAGUAGAGCAGCGAACACGCAAGCAGACCACUACUACCAUGUUAAAAAGCCCUGCAAAUGCUUUAAGCUCGCCCUCCAAAAUAUUGAGAAACUUGAUCAAUGUCAAAGAAGCUUAGAUGCUAAAGCAAUUGAUCAUGCCCUGGGAGUCGCCAAAGAAGCAGUCCAAGCAUGCAAUCAAUUUUCCAAUUGCAUGUCCAGCUGCCACCACAGUCAAGUCCUCCUCUACAUUGCAAUCCUCCAGCAACUUGAUAGCCACUACUCCUUGCUCAACAAGUGUUUGAUGUCAACAGCAGAGUCGGAAGGCCAGAAUCCUGAUGCUGAAGUUUCUAUUGGCUCAUUUCAGGCAAAAUUAUGCUUACGCUCGAUGGUUGGAAAGGCCAUCCUGACCUCAGAAAUGAUGGGCGCGGCUAGCUGUGCUUUGAAACUCUCAAAGGUGUUUCAGGCAUAUGCAUCUGAGGGUUCGGCAGAGUCGAAAUGCCAGCAAGAAUUACAGUUCGCUCUUGCUACGAGUCUUCGACAGGGAGCCACAGAGUUUUUAAACUCAGCUUUGUAUAUGACGCUACCAUAAGCACUUAAAUGUCAAUGUAUUACCUGGCGG